AGGUACCCAGCCUGAAGCCAUUUACAGGACGCAUUAACAUCUAUAAGCCGCUCUCUCUGUGUGGCCGCUUGCGUAAAGGAAGGAUGGAUAGAGAGGAAUGCUCUCGUGCGUGGAGGGGAUUUGUCGCGCUGGGGCUGUGCUCCUGUUGACACUGCAGGACGGUGGAUGAAGAAGCACCAUCACUAACAUCUCGCCAUUUCUCAUCAAGAUUCUUUUGUUUCUUUGGAGAGUUGAUAUACAUUUCUUUGCGUAUUCAGCCAUGGGGAAAGAUGAGUGCAAAACAAUGCUGGACGCUUUGAACAAAGUGGCUGCUUGCUACAGGCAUCUGGUCAUCGCUCUGGGCAGCACGUCGGAUUCGCAGAACCUGCGAGAGGAGCUGAAGAGGACCCGCAAAAAGGCCCAGGAGCUGGCCGUGGCCAACAGGACUGUACUGACCUCUCUGCUCAAAGACAAGAGCAUCAGCAAAGACGACCGAGUCGAGUACGAGCGCCUGUGGGUGCUGUUCUCCAGCAGCAUGGAGCUGCUGGAGGUGGACAUGAAAAGGUCCCUGGAGAUCGGGCAGGAUUUCCCCCUCAAGGUGCCCACGAGACACCUCAUCCAGACGGGCAUGACCGGCAGCACCACCGCGGUGGCGGCGCGCGCCAUGAGCGUGCAGAACAUGAAGUACGAGGCGGACGGCAACAUCGACACGGCGGACCUGCGGGACCUGCAGGGCGAGAUCUGCCAGGUGAGCCGCAUGAUGGAGGAGAUGGAGAUGAAGGUGCAGGUGGCGCCGUGGGCCGUGGAGGCGAAGCAGGAACCGGGCGCCGAGCUCAAGUCCAACAUGAGUUUGGGAAAUUCCUCCGUGGGUGUCAUCUCCAACUGCGACGAGGAGCCCAAAGGGGACGCGGGCUUCGCGUCGAUCUGCGCGGUGCUGGUGUUCUUCGCGGUCGUCACGGUCGCGUUGGUUCUCGGAUGUUUGGUCAUCAAUAUGUCCUGAGUCUCUUGUCAACAAAGCCCACCCUGACGGACACCCCCUCUGCGCGUCGCGCGCGGUCAUAAGAGCCAGCAGCAGCUCCACGAGAGGGAGAAAGAGCUUUUUUAAAUUGUGAUUUGAGAGGCUUAACAGAAGAAGAAGAAGAAAAAUACGGACACGUGACGUAUCCAGGUGGAGUGGAAAGAGUUGCACUAGAUAUAAUGUAGAACAAUAGAAUAUGGACGUCGGGGCACACAUUGUGAUUAAGUAUUUUUUUUUGCGCUGAAGGGGGGUUGUGUAUUUUUGGAAGAGGAAUGAAAUUACGUGACAGUGUCUGGCCAUCAGGAUGAUGCAAACAACACGUAAUCCAAGUGGAUUAGUGGAAUAAAGCGCAGGCGUAAAUGUAGCCUACUGUUAAGUAUUUUCCUCUUUGGAUGUUCUGCUGCAUUUUGGUGCUUUAAAUCGAUGAAUUGAUGAAUUCCAUCCGGCAAAGUCAGACGUGUUGAGCAGGUGGAUCAUGUCGGUCAUAUGUUAAAGGGGUCAUGAUGUGGGAAGUCAAUAUAGAGCCAUAGUUCCCCGUUGGAUGUCAUCAAAUCCGCACUGUUCCACACUUUUAAUACAUCAUAACAUUUAGUUAGAUUUGCAUUUUACUUCAUUGCAUCAAAUCACAAUGUGCUUCAUGAAGGAGCCUCAUGAGAGAAGUUUAAUAAUGCACUGUAUGCCUGUUUGUGUUCCUCUUCAGGGGCUUUCUACCAGUGUUGAAUGUACAUUGAAUGUGAAUAGAGGGUGUGUUUAUAUACAGACUGCCGUGUCAGAUAAUGUACAUACAUAAGUAUAUUUAUUUUAAUAAAAUGUUGAAACACACAA